AGGCAAAACACCCGUCUGAAAAAAUGGCACAGGCUACGAGGCAGUCUUCUAUGGUUGGGGAGCUUGAGGUAGAUGUUGAGAUCAAAGUCCCCGCCCAGAAGUACUACCACAUGCUCACCGGAAGACCACAAGAUCUUCCAAAAGCCACACCUGACAACAUCAAGAGAUGUGAUGUGCUCGAGGGAGAGCCCGGAAAAGUUGGCAAUAUCCUCUUCUGGAACUAUUUCGUUGAUGGAGAGCCGAAGGUGGCGAAGGAGAGGAUCGAGAAACUGGAGCCGGAGAAGAAUCUGAUGGUGGCUAGGAUAAUUGAGGGAGACCUAAUGAAAGAGUUCAAGAGCUUCUUGAUCACUAUCCAGGCGACCCCGAAGCAAGGAGGACCUGGAAGUGUGGUUAAGUGUCACAUGAAGUAUGAGAGGAUUCACGAGAAGGUGGCUGACCCAGAGAAUCUACUCGCCGCUUUUGUCAAAGCAUCCAAAGACAUGGACGAAAUGCUUUCUUCUGAACAAACUAAAGAAGAAUUUAAUCAUCUGAAAAAAAUGGCGCAGUUGAAGCCUUCUUUACAAGGAGAGGUUAAGGCAGAUAUUGAGAUCAAAGCUCCCGCCUCAAAAUUCUUUCACAUGCUCUCGGUGACACUACAAGAUGUGUCUAAAGCCUCUCCUGAAAACAUCCAGAGAGUCAGUGUCCAAGGGGGAGAGAUGUUAAGAGUUGGCACUCACGUCACGUGGAACUAUGUUCAUGAUGGGAAGCUAAAGGUGGCCAAGGAGACGAUCGAGGCAGUGGACCCGAUUGAGAAUAUGAUAAAGUUCAGAGUGAUAGAGGGAGAUCUGAUGAAAGAGUUCAAGAGCUUCCUAUUUACGAUGCAGGUGACCCCAAAGCAAGGAGGAACUGGAGGUGUGGUGAAAUGGAACCUGUCAUACGAGAGGAUUGACGAAAACGUGGCUCACCCGGACACUCUACUCCAAAUGUGUCUCAAAAUGGCCAAAGACAUCGACGAGAUGCUUUUGUCUAAGGAAUAGGCACUCGUCCUAAGGAGUAGACACUCGUCCAAUAUCUAUAUAUAUGUAUCUAUCUUUAUGUCUUCGGGUGUUUUUUUAUCUUUAUGUGUUUGGGUCAUGUUUUAUAUCAAUAAUGUUCUCUCUUUAGAUCUAAAGAGAUGUGAGUGAUAUGAAAGUGUGUUAUCAGAAAUAUAUAUAAGUUAUAUUUUAUGUUUUUA